AUGUCGAACCGAGCCCUUGCCCGAGAUAUGCAGGUUGAAUUUCAAGCCAGGUUCCAAGCGAAGCAGGCCCGGCGGGAGGCACAAAAGGCCGCCAAACAGGACCCCAUUCUAAAGAAGCAGAUUCAGGAUUUGCUCAAAAAGGGCGAAACGGCAAAGGCAUAUCAGAAAGCCAAGAUGCUCUUGUCCAAACAGGCCUUGGCUCAGCAGAUGGACCAGAUGGCCGACAUGGCCGAGCUCUCUGCCGCCCAGAUCCAGGCCAACAAUUCAAUGAAUCGUAUGACGCACAUGAUGGGCCAGUCGUCCCGCACCAUGUCCAUGGCGCAGAAGAACAUGAACCCCGAAAAGACCCUCGUUACCCUCGAGCAGUUCAAGCAACAGAACGAAGAGUACGCUGUGUCCAACGGCAUCUACCAAGACGCUAUCUCGCAAUCCACAAGUGCACAAGUCUCCGAAGACGCCGUCCACGAGCUUCUGGGCAAGUUGGCCGACGAUGCCGGUGUGCAGCUUAAUGCGGAGCUCAAUAGUGCGACACCGGCCAAGGAAGAGCUCGUUUCCAACGAACCUACCGCUGAGGAGGAAGACGCCCUGCAGCAGAGACUGCGUGCUUUGAGGGCUUAA